GUGGAAUCACCUCCCCUGGGCAGGAUGCCAGGCCUCAAGGCAAGAGCCUCGUUUCCUGUGUAGACUGUCCACCUGGGCACUACAGUAGCAAUGGUGCCUGUCCUGUUGUCCCUGCCUCUCCUUCUGGGUCCUGCAGUCCUUCAGGAGACUGGGUCUUAUUCUCUGAUCUUCCUCUACACCGGGUUGUCCAGGCCCAGCAAAGGCCUUCUGAGGUUUCAAGCCACCGCAUUUCUCAACGAUCAGGCCUUCUUCCACUACAACAGCAACAGUGGGAAGGCAGAGCCCGUGGAACCCUGGAGCCAUGUGGAAGGAAUGGAGGACUGGGAGAAGGAAAGCCAGCUUCAGAGAGCCAGGGAGGAGAUCUUCCUCGUGACCCUGAAAGACAUCAUGGACUAUUACGAGGACAGUACAGUUCCUUCCUACACAGGCACCAGUGACAUUUCAUCUCCAUACCCUGACCCCCUUGAGAGGGAAUCAGAUUCAACACGACCCAAGUGGAGAGCAGAAUUCUCAAGUGGAGAGAAGAAUUCUCAUUCAUUCAACAAAACAGGGUCUCACACCUUUCAGGGAAUGUUUGGUUGUGAGAUCACAAAUAACAGAAGUAGUGGAGCAGUCUGGAGGUAUGCCUACGAUGGAGAAGAUUUCAUCGAAUUCAACAAGGAAAUCCCAGCCUGGAUCCCCUUAGACCCAGCAGCCGCAAACACCAAGCUGAAGUGGGAGGCAGAAAAGGUCUAUGUGCAGCGAGCCAAGGCAUACCUAGAGGAGGAGUGUCCUACAAUGCUGAAGAAGUACCUGACCUACAGUAGAUCUCACCUGGACCGAACAGAUCCUCCCACUGUGAAAAUCACCAGCCGUGUGGCCCCAGGAAGAAACAGAAUAUUCAGAUGUCUGGCCUAUGACUUCUACCCACAAAGAAUUAGUCUGCACUGGAACCAGGCCAGCAAGAAGCUGGCAUCUGAACCAGAAAGAGGUGUUUUUCCCAAUGGAAAUGGCACUUACCUCUCCUGGAUGGAGGUGGAAGUCCCCCCACAGAACAGAGACCCCUUUGUCUGCCACAUAGAACACAAGGGGCUAUCCCAAUCUCUCUCAGUGCAGUGGGAUGAGAAAAGUAAAGUCUGAAAACAGUGCUGUAUCUCAGCCUCAGAAAGGUUACCCUCUCUGCCGGAUAUGAGAGAGUUGAACUUCAGAAGUCACUGUCACCAGCAAGCCCGCAAGUCUCCAAGGAAUGGGUGUGGGCCCAGAAGAUUUGAAUACCAAGCACCGAGUUCACUCUCAAAGUCAAAUCAAUCACCUUGCCUUGUAAAACUCCUCCUCAAUUAAUCUGUAAGCCCUUGCAAUUACCUUCACGCCCAGCACAGCACAGAAAGGCAUUUUAAACUCUGAGAUGCUACAGAAGUGUGAGUUGAUUUUAUCAUGUAUACUGCCCCGACAUACUUGAUUCAUGGGAAUGUCUCCAUAUUCAAUCAAAGACGGUGUCCUAGUUUCAUUUCUGAUGCUGUAAGAAAAUAUCCCAAACAAAAGCGACUUCAACAGAGAAGAGGUUUGUCAGGCUUAUCUUUCCAGGUCUCUGUUGUACGACUCUACUCUUGGGAACAUGAGAACAGGCAUCUACUCACCUCAGCUAGGGAACCAACAGCAGAUCAAAGGAUGAACACCACCAAAGUCCAGCUCAGUGAACUGAGUCCAGGUUGGUGAACUGUAAUUCUUGUGGGGUUCUCUUAUGUACCUUUUGUGCCCAAAUAACUGCAGGGUAUUUCUGUGCCCACUCUAGCCCAUGCUGUCUCCCAGAUAGAUGACACAGAGACCUGAUUUUUUAUUGACAAAAUAAAGGCACUAAGCUGGGCAGGUUCUGAGCUAUUCGAACCCUCGAAGGCUGCCUAUUUCCCAGCCACGUGGUCCUUUACCAUCUGA